ACAGCCCCACGCCGCGCCGCACCUCAUCUUGCCACCAGGCGCCUUUGGCACCCUGCGCCUUCUUCCUAACUCUGACGAUCCAUGGGCCCCUCUGCCUUCAGCACCCCACUGGCCGCAGGGGCGCCUUCUCAAGUGCAGGACUUGGCGGCUUGGCUGCCUUUGACUCUGCCCGCAGUCCCUCUCAGCAGGCCAAAGAACUGGCACCCAGCACCUGCAUCCCUGUAAAGAAAGCAGAAGCCGCUCGGCUGGGGCCAUCAAAUAGCUAGCUGAGCUGAGCGAGGGAUUCAGAAGGAAAGAGAGAGACUGGUCCCAGGACAACCAGCUGCUAUGGCCUUCCCGCCCUUUGGACAUCCGUACAGCAGCGCAUCCCAGUUUCUGGUGUCUGCCAGUUCCGGUGCCGCUUGCUGUGAAACUGUCCCGCGAUCGGUGUCAGAUGUGGUCUCAGCCUCCACCUCUGCCUCCACUCUUUGCUGUACACCCUACGACAGCCGGCUGCUGGGCAGUGCUCGGCCAGAACUGGGUGCUGCCUUGGGUAUCUAUGGAGCACCCUAUGCAGCUGCUCAGAGCUACCCUGGGUACCUGCCCUAUGGCCCAGAGCCAUCCCCACUAUGUGGUGCCCUGAAUCCCCAGUAUGAGUUUAAGGAUCCUGCAGGAAACUUUACCCCCAGCCUGACCCAGCCAGGAGCCUAUUACUCCUAUGAGCCAACUCUGGGGCAGUAUCAAUAUGACAGGUAUAGCGGAGUGGAGCUGAGUGGUGCUGGCCGCAGGAAGAAUGCCACGAGAGAGAGUACCAGUGCCCUCAAGGCCUGGCUGCACGAGCACCGCAAGAACCCGUACCCCACCAAGGGCGAGAAGAUCAUGCUGGCCAUCAUCACCAAGAUGACCCUCACCCAGGUAUCCACCUGGUUCGCCAACGCGCGCCGGCGCCUCAAGAAAGAGAACAAGAUGACCUGGGCGCCCAAGAACAAAGGUGGGGAGGAAAGGAAAACAGAAGGUGCAGGAGACGCUCUGGGCUGCCUGACCGGUGACACCAAAGAUGCUACUGCCAGCCAGGAGGCCCAGGGACUAAGACUGAGUGACCUGGAAGACUUGGAGGAAGAGGAGGAAGAGGAGGAAGCAGACGAAGAGGAGGCAGCGGUCUCAGCAUCUCGUAGGCUGGCGGAUUUUCAGAAGAGUGCGCUGUCCCUGCCUGCUCCCUGCACCGCCACUCAAGGGGGCCGCUUGGAAAGCAGGGAGUGCGCUCUGGCGGUACCCUGCUUCCCCUUCACUGAGGCCCCGCGGUCGGGAGAAGCUGAUUUCAUUACAGCAGAAUCAAGUGGCCCCACAAUGAUCGUGCACUACCCAAGCGGCCAGAAACCCCGAAUCUGGUCCUUGGCUCACACUGCGGCAGCCAGCACUGUCGAAGGUGCUCCCUCAACCCCGCCCAGGGCACAAAGUCCAGAGUGCCUCACGAUUCCCAGACAGCCCAUCUCCAUCAGGCGACUCCUGGUCCCCAGAGACUCCACAGUCGAAGAGGAUUCUCUCGCAGCCAAAGCCUUUGGGAACUCCACGUUCGCACUGCAGGGGCUGCCGCUGAACUGUGCGCCCUGCCCAAGGCGGAGGGAGCCUGAAGUGCGGUUCCAGUAUCCAUCUGGAGCAGAAGGCUUUUACUUCAAAAAUAACCUAGCUGAAGCCGAGGUGUACAGUCUGUCAAUGCCAGCGAUGCCGGGAGAGGUCUGGUGGUGCUGGAGUGGGGCACAGAAUUGCCACAAAGGCUUCUGGGCACAGGGUCUUGGGCUGCAGACCUGA